CGAAGUGGAAUUUGCCCAGACAAGCAACAUGGCUCGGAAACGCGCGGCCGGCGGGGAGCCGCGGGGACGCGAACUGCGCAGCCAGAAAUCCAAGGCCAAGAGCAAGGCCCGGCGUGAGGAGGAGGAGGAGGAGGAUGCCUUUGAAGAUGAGAAACCCCCAAAGAAGAGCCUUCUCUCCAAAGUUUCACAAGGAAAGAGGAAAAGACACUGCAGUCAUCCUGGGGGUUCAGCAGAUGGUCCAGCAAAAAAGAAAGUGGCCAAGGUGACUGUUAAAUCUGAAAACCUCAAGGUUAUAAAGGAUGAAGCCUUCAGCGAUGGGGAUGACCUCAGGGACUUUCCAAGUGACCUCAAGAAGGCACACCAUCUGAAGAGAGGGGCUACCAUGAAUGAAGACAGCAAUGAAGAAGAGGAAGAAAGUGAAAAUGAUUGGGAAGAGGUUGAAGAACUUAGUGAGCCUGUGCUGGGUGACGUGAGAGAAAGUACAGCCUUCUCUCGAUCUCUUCUGCCUGUGAAGCCAGUGGAGAUAGAGAUUGAAACGCCAGAGCAGGCGAAGACAAGAGAAAGAAGUGAAAAGAUAAAACUGGAGUUUGAGACAUAUCUUCGGAGGGCGAUGAAACGUUUCAAUAAAGAGGUCCAUGAGGACACACACAAGGUUCACCUUCUCUGCCUGCUAGCAAAUGGCUUCUAUCGAAAUAACAUCUGCAGCCAGCCAGAUCUGCAUGCUAUUGGCCUGUCCAUCAUCCCAGCCCGCUUUACCAGAGUGCUGCCUCGAGAUGUGGACACCUACUACCUCUCAAACCUGGUGAAGUGGUUCAUUGGAACAUUUACAGUUAAUGCAGAACUUUCAGCCAGUGAACAAGAUAACCUGCAGACUACAUUGGAAAGGAGAUUUGCUAUUUACUCUGCUCGAGAUGAUGAGGAAUUGGUCCAUAUAUUCUUACUGAUUCUCCGGGCUCUGCAGCUCUUGACCCGGCUGGUAUUGUCUCUACAGCCAAUUCCUCUGAAGUCAGCAACAGCAAAGGGAAAGAAACCUUCCAAGGAAAGAUUGACUGCGGAUCCAGGAGGCUCCUCAGAAACUUCCAGCCAAGUUCUAGAAAACCACACCAAACCAAAGACCAGCAAAGGAACCAAACAAGAGGAAACCUUUGCUAAGGGCACCCGCAAGCCAAGUGCCAAAGGGAAGAGGAACAAGGGAGGCAGAAAGAAACGGAGCAAGCCCUCCUCCAGCGAGGAAGAUGAGGGCCCAGGAGACAAGCAGGAGAAGGCAACCCAGCGACGUCCGCAUGGCCGGGAGCGGCGGGUGGCCUCCAGGGUGUCUUAUAAAGAGGAGAGUGGGAGUGAUGAGGCUGGCAGCGGCUCUGAUUUUGAGCUCUCCAGUGGAGAAGCCUCUGAUCCCUCUGAUGAGGAUUCCGAGCCUGGCCCUCCAAAGCAGAGGAAGGCCCCCGCUCCUCAGAGGACAAAGGCUGGGUCCAAGAGUGCCUCCAGGACCCAACGUGGGAGCCAUCAUAAGGACCCAAGCUUGCCAGCGGCAUCCUCAAGCUCUUCAAGCAGUAAAAGAGGCAAGAAAAUGUGCAGCGAUGGUGAGAAGGCAGAAAAAAGAAGCAUAGCUGGUAUAGACCAGUGGCUAGAGGUGUUCUGUGAGCAGGAGGAAAAGUGGGUAUGUGUAGACUGUGUGCACGGUGUGGUGGGCCAGCCUCUGACCUGUUACAAGUACGCCACCAAGCCCAUGACCUAUGUGGUGGGCAUUGACAGUGAUGGCUGGGUCCGAGAUGUCACACAGAGGUACGACCCAGUCUGGAUGACAGUGACCCGCAAGUGCCGGGUUGAUGCUGAGUGGUGGGCCGAGACCUUGAGACCAUACCAGAGCCCAUUUAUGGACAGGGAGAAGAAAGAAGACUUGGAGUUUCAGGCAAAACACAUGGACCAGCCUUUGCCCACUGCCAUUGGCUUAUAUAAGAACCACCCUCUGUAUGCCCUGAAGCGGCAUCUCCUGAAAUAUGAGGCCAUCUAUCCCGAGACAGCUGCCAUCCUUGGGUAUUGUCGUGGAGAAGCGGUCUAUUCCAGGGAUUGUGUGCACACUCUGCAUUCCAGGGACACGUGGCUGAAGAAAGCAAGAGUGGUGAGGCUUGGAGAAGUACCCUACAAGAUGGUGAAAGGCUUUUCUAACCGUGCUCGGAAAGCCCGACUUGCUGAGCCCCAGCUGCGGGAAGAAAAUGACCUGGGCCUGUUUGGCUACUGGCAGACAGAGGAGUAUCAGCCCCCAGUGGCCGUGGAUGGGAAGGUGCCCCGCAACGAGUUUGGGAAUGUGUACCUCUUCCUGCCCAGCAUGAUGCCUAUUGGCUGUGUCCAGCUGAACCUGCCCAAUCUACACCGCGUGGCCCGCAAGCUGGACAUCGACUGUGUCCAGGCCAUCACUGGCUUUGAUUUCCAUGGCGGCUACUCCCAUCCCGUGACUGAUGGAUACAUCGUCUGCGAGGAAUUCAAAGACGUGCUCCUGACUGCCUGGGAAAAUGAGCAGGCAGUCAUUGAAAGGAAGGAGAAGGAGAAAAGGGAGAAGCGGGCUCUAGGGAACUGGAAGUUGCUGGCCAAAGCUCUGCUCAUCAGGGAGAGGCUGAAGCGUCGCUACGGGCCCAAGUCCCUCUGGUGGAGAAAAGCCCUUCAUCUGACUUUAUGUUCUGACCAGCUCCUUGCCGCCUUCUCCAUCCAAACCCUCCCUAGCCAUCCCAGCUGGCAGGGAGUGCCGCCUCAGAUCUUAGGGCUCCGAGGGCUGAACUGUGCAUCUUGCCCGUUCAAGACAUCAUGUGCUUUGGUCCAGAAAUGAGGUAGCAAAUGCAAGGCACGAAUCACAGGCAUCCCCAGAUGAGGCAGUGUGCUCCUAGAGGGCAGCUUCCUGCCCAGCCAUCAUCCUUGUGUUCCCCUGCACUCAGCUCGUAGCAGGUGCUCCAGUGUCUGCUUGGAUGCACCCCAGGCUGGGACGGCUCAGUAAGAAGGGUCUGGACUAUCUCCCUGCCCUGUCCCAUGCCCUUGUCCUCCCAGAGCUACACAGCUUAGGGCAGGCUGGGAACUUGCUGCCUCUUCAUGGGGCUUCCUGGUAUCUGAUUACUGACCCUCACCUGUGUCCUCCCACCACUGCCACCUGUCCAGAGUGAGGCAGCAGCUCCCCACACAGAUGCAGGAGGUGGACUGUCUUCUGAUGAAGAGGAGGGGACCAGCUCUCAAGCAGAAGCGGCCAGGAUACUGGCUGCCUCCUGGCCUCAAAACCGAGAAGAUGAAGAAAAGCAGAAGCUGAAGGGUGGGCCCAAGAAGACCAAAAGGGAAAAGAAAGCAGCAGCUUCCCACCUGUUCCCAUUUGAGAAGCUGUGAGCUGAGCGCCCACUAGAGGGGCACCCACCAGUUGCUGCUGCCCCGCUACAGGCCCCACACCUGCCCUGGGCAUGCCCAGCCCCUGGUGGUGGGGGCUUCUCUGCUGAGAAGGCAAACUGAGGCAGCAUGCACGGAGGCGGGGUCAGGGGAGACGAGGCCAAGCUGAGGAGGUGCUGCAGGUCCCGUCUGGCUCCAGCCCUUGUCAGAUUCACCCAGGGUGAAGCCUUCAAAGCUUUUUGCUACCAAAGCCCACUCACCCUUUGAGCUACAGAACACUUUGCUAGGAGAUACUCUUCUGCCUCCUAGACCUGUUCUUUCCAUCUUUAGAAACAUCAGUUUUUGUAUGGAAGCCACCGGGAGAUUUCUGGAUGGUGGUGCAUCCGUGAAUGCGCUGAUUGUUUCUUCCAGUUAGAGUCUUCAUCUGUCCGACAAGUUCACUCGCCUCAGUUGCGGACCUAGGACCAUUUCUCUGCAGGCCACUUACCUUCCCCUGAGUCAGGCUUACUAAUGCUGCACUCGCUGCCUCUUUGCAGUAGGGGAGAGAGCAGAGAAGUACAGGUCAUCUGCUGGGAUCUAGUUUUCCAAGUAACAUUUUGUGGUGGCAGAAGCCUAAAAAAAGCUAAAAUCAGGAAAGAAAAGGAAAAAUACGAAUUGAAAAUUAAGGAAAUGUUAGUAAAAUAGAUCAGUGUUAAACUAGAUUCUAUUCAUUACUAGAUAAAAUGUAUAAAGCUCUCUGUACUAAGGAGAAAUGACUUUUAUAACAUUUUGAGAAAAUAAUAAAGCAUUUAUCUAGA